CAUAUUCCUGAAACUCCAGUGGAAUCAAUGGAAAAGAUGAACAAUGUAACUGACUUCAUCCUACUGGGACUGACCCAGAACCCGGAACUACAGAAACUCUUGUUUGCUGUCCUUUUAGUUGUUUACCUGAUCACACUGGCAGGUAAUCUGCUCAUCGCCAUCACCAUCUUCAUCAGCCCAGCCCUGGGUUCCCCCAUGUACUUUUUUCUCUCCAACUUGUCCAUUAUAGAUGGUUUCUACUCUUCUUCCAUAGCACCCAAAAUGAUCUUUGACCUGAUCUCUGAAAAGAACACCAUAUCCUUCAGUGGCUGCAUGACUCAGCUCUUUGCUGAGCAUUUCUUUGCUGCAGCUGAGAUCAUUUUGCUAAUUGCCAUGGCCUAUGACCGCUAUGUGGCCAUCUGUAAGCCCUUGCACUACAAGACCAUCAUGCGCCUCCCUGUGUGUGCUCUCCUCGUGGUCAUGUCCGGGAUGUUAGGGUUUCUACAUGCAGGGAUACAGCUGUUGUUCAUGCUUCAUUUACCCUUCUGUGGCCCCAAUGUCAUUGACCAUUUUAUGUGUGAUUUAAUACCUCUACUGGAGUUAGUCUGCACAGACACUCACACACUGGGGCCCCUGAUUGCUGCCAAUAGUGGGUCGCUAUGUUUACUCACUUUUUCUAUGCUGGUUGCUUCCUAUAUCGCUAUUCUGUACUCCCUGAGGAGCUACAGUGCUGAGGGACGACGAAAAGCCCUGUCUACUUGUGCCUCUCAUGUCACUGUGGUCAUCUUAUUCUUCGUACCAUGUACAUAUCUGUAUCUCAGACCCAUGACUUCUUUACCCACUGACAAAGCUGUGACUGUGUUUUGCACCCUAAUCACUCCUAUGUUGAACCCUUUAAUCUACACCCUCAGAAAUGCAGAGGUGAAAAAUGUUAUGAAGAAACUCUGGGGGCAGAAGAUAAAAAUUGAAGAUAAAUAAAUCUUGUGAGGGGGUCAGGCAGUGGUACAACAAGUUAAGCACACGUAAUACAAGGUGCAAGGGCCCAUGCAAGGAUCCAGGUUUGAACGCCAGGCUCCCCACCUGCGUGGGGUGUGUGUGGGGUGGGGGGUGGCGCUUCACAAGUGAAGCAGGUCUGCAAGUGUCUAUCUUUCUCUCUCGUGCUCUAACCUUCCCCCUCAAUUUAUCUCUAUCCUAUCAAAAAAAAAAAAAAAGCCACAGGAACAGUGAAUUCGUAGUGCUGGCACAGAGUCCUAGCAAUAACUCUGCAAGAAAAAUAAAUAAAUAAAUAAAUAAAUAUUAUGAUUGCAGAACUGAGACAAAAAAAUGUAAAUUAUUUUAUAGUAAUAU